AUGUCCAUGGAUCCCGCAGCAGAACUGCCUUUUUUCUACGGCAGCAUCAGUCGCUCCGAAGCUGAGCAGCAUUUAAAACUGGCCGGUAUGGCUGACGGCCUGUUCCUGCUGCGUCAAUGUCUGCGGAGUUUGGGUGGAUAUGUCCUCUCUCUUGUAUGGAACUUGGAGUUCUACCAUUACCCCAUUGAGAAACAGCUUAAUGACACUUACUGCAUCGGAGGAAGCAUACCCCACUGUGGGCCUGCUGAGCUCUGCGAGUUUUACAGCAAGGACCCUGAUGGGCUGGUGUGUGCUCUGAAGAAACCUUGCUUACGGUCCUCGGACACACCGAUCCGGCCCAGUGUGUUUGAUAGCCUGAAGGAAAACAUGCUGAGGGAGUAUGUGAAGCAAACCUGGAACCUUGAGGGUGAAGCAAUGGAGCAGGCCAUCAUCAGUCAAGCGCCUCAACUGGAAAAGCUGAUCGCCACUACGGCCCACGAGAAGAUGUCGUGGUAUCACGGCAAAAUCCCCCGAAAGGAAAGUGAGAGGCUGCUUUACUGCGGAACACAACCAGAUGGCAAGUUUCUGAUUCGCGAUAGAGACGAGUCUGGUACUUUUGCACUCUCUGUAAUGUAUGGAAGAGCCGUUUAUCACUAUCAAAUCCUCCAUGACAAGUCGGGAAAAUACUACAUGCCAGAGGGACUGAAGUUUGACACUAUUUGCCAGCUGGUAGAAUACCUGAAGAUUAAACCUGAUGGCAUGGUGACAGUUCUGGGGGAUGCAUGUGUCAACCGAGCUGCUGGAAUGCAACCCAGUUUCCCCGCAAAUAGGCGAACAGGCCCGAACCGCUACACACCACCACCUCGAGCUGUGACUUUGACGCCAGUCGCACCUGCGCCUGCAGAUAAUGCGCUUCCAAUGGACUGCAUUGGCUUUAACCCUUAUCACAACCCCAACGACAUAAAGAAGUUCAACAUCCCGAGGAGUCGACUUUUCAUUGACGAGGUGGAACUCGGCUCUGGCAACUUUGGCUGCGUCAAGAAGGGCGUCCUGGAUAGUGACAAGGUCCAGUUAGAUGUAGCCAUCAAGGUGCUGAAGAGCGACAAUGAGAAGCUCAUGAAGGUGGAGAUGAUGAGGGAGGCCGAGAUCAUGCACCAAUUGAGUAAUCCCUUCAUUGUCCGGAUGCUGGGGCUAUGCAAUGCUGAGAGUUUGAUGCUGGUCAUGGAGAUGGCAUCGUGUGGACCGCUCAACAAGUUUCUCUCCUCAAAUAAGGACACAGUGGAAGUGGAGGACAUUGUCAACCUGAUGCAUCAGGUGUCGAUGGGAAUGAAAUAUCUGGAAGAGAAAAGCUUUGUGCAUCGGGAUUUGGCAGCGCGCAACGUCCUGCUGGUCAACCGACAUUUCGCCAAAAUUAGUGACUUUGGCCUGUCCAAGGCCCUGGGAGCCGACAGCGAGUACUACAAGGCCCGUUCUACGGGACCAUGGCCGCUGAAGUGGUACGCACCCGAAUGCAUAAACUUCCGCAAAUUCUCCAGUAAAAGUGAUGUGUGGAGUUUUGGCAUCACCAUGUGGGAAGCCUUCUCAUAUGGCGGGAAACCUUAUAAGAAAAUGAAACAAGCGGAGGUGAACAGUUUCCUUGAAAGUGGGAAACGCUUGGCGUGUCCGGCCAAAUGUCCGGAUCGAAUGUAUGCACUGAUGCAAGAAUGCUGGACGUACAAACAUGAGGACCGUCCUGACUUCAAAAAGGUGGAAGAGAGCAUGAGAGCUUACCAUUAUUCCGUAUCAAAGAAGGUUAAGGCAUCGGAGGCAGCCACUGCUGCGGAACCCAACAAGUAGACAUUCUGUCCCGUGGCUACACAAUGUAUCCAUUCAGCUGGUCAUUUAACAAGCAAAACAAAGAGCUAUUUAUGAGCCGCACAUACUGACCGGCCUUAACUCCAGCAGUGAUCCAGCGAAACAGGCUUCAUUGACAAUAAGUAAGAGGAGUGUGUCGGCUACAUGAAGACGCUUACAGGAGAUUUUUUAUCUGUACGGAUGUCUUUAGACGACAUCGAUGAGCAAACUAUUUCACUGUGGGAUUUUUUUCUUUCCAGUAUACUAUCCUAUUAAUACUUGUUUGAAUAGGUUUUUUGUUGAGGCUAUAUUUAAAUUGAAUGCAUACAUGUUGUGUCAUUUCCAUGAAAUAAAAGUCUCAUAAAUGCGCUAAGAGAUAAUGCAUGAGUGAAAAUAAACUAAUGUUUUACAAUGAGUCAAAAAGAAAGAAGGAAAAAAAUCAUUUGCAGCACGUUGAAUAUUCAAACCCAAGUAAAACAUGUUUGCCAAGGAAGUGGUAACCGUGGCUUACACUUCUGCAAAUACUGUAUGACUAUGAAACGUACAGCACCGCCUCUUCUUUCCCAGCUUGCCUAUUUUGUGCAGAAAUAACCUUUUCCAGCAUUGACACACAUCAUACGAAGCAAGUUCAACUUAGCGACUUUUACAAUGAAUUCGGUAUUUUACAAAUUCCCCUUAAUAAACAAAUAUCGAUAGGUUUAUA